GCCAAUUUCGACUCUCUCAAUCGCAGAACCUCUUGCUCCUCUUCCUCUUUUUAUACCUUCAAGAAGAGACCCAAACCCCUCAGAAACCCUAGCAAAGCAAUCUCAAGUUUAAGUGGGAAAAUAUGCCGGAAUCCAGGGACAGGCUGCCAAGGCCGGUCGACUACGCUGUCGUGUUCGCUCAGCGAAGAGCGGCCGGUACCGGAUUUAUUCUGGAGGACCAGGAGACGGGUCCGAACUUGUUCGAAACCCCGAUCAGGCGGGUGACGACUGCUACGACGCCGGCAACACGUGGACAAACGGCUUUGGGUACGACACGAGGUGGUGGGCUCGGAAGAGGUGGAUUCGGAACUCCAAGAAGUAUGCGUAGACGUGUUCUGUACGGGUCUCCGGCUACGGAUCAGGCGAACACUCCUACUACUUCGAGGGGAUCGGGUCGGGGCAGACUUAGGGGCAGUGUAUUACCUUCUUGGUACCCGAGAGUCCCUCUUCAAGAAAUUACUUGGGUUGUGCGGGACCCGCGGGCAAUUGAAAGGAGAAGAGCUCGGUUGGGAAAUGUCGAAGGCCAACAAUUUGAGAGUCCCGUUCCUGAGGGCCAAAGGAUUCUUGAUCCUUCUGUACUAGUGUCAGGUGCUCAACUCGAGCACGAUCUCUCUUUGAUCUCUCCAAGGUCAGCCGUCGGUAAAGUUCCAAAGAUUCUGCUUGGAAUCACUAAUCAGAAUGCGGGGGAAUCAGAGCUUCUCACACCGCAGAAGAGACUCUUGAACUCAAUCGACGUAGUUGAGAAAGAGGUGAUGGAGGAAUUGCAGAAACUGGAGAAAACCCCUAGUGCUAAGAAGGUGGAGAGGGAAAAAAGAGUUCGUACUUUGAUGUCUAUGCGUUGAUUCUGUUCAACUUCACAUUAAUCAGAGCCAAAGACAAACAAGAGCACCUAGAAUCGAAGGACAGAAGAAGGGACAAGAAAUCUCUGCGGUGAGACAAAUCAUGAUCAUCACUUGAUGAUAUUAGGGACUCUUGAAGUAGAUUUAGAUAUAUCUCAUAUUUUCUCUACUAGUUUGCAUUUAACACAUCUGGGCUAUAGGCAGUUUUCUCUAUCGUUUGGAUUUGAUGUACAUAAUGACCUUUCUUCAGAAGGCCUCUGCUAAUGUACCAUUACUUUUUGAGCAGUAUAAGGAAGCAUCAGGUUUAUCGGA